AGCAUCGGUCGCCGAAUCGCACCGAGCACCUCCUGCGUGGAACGUGGGAAUCGCACAGCUUCGUCGGUGCGAACGAUAUGCCGAUGAUUUACCAGGUGCCAUCUGCCGUCCAGGCUGAUCGACGAGGAGAAUGGAAGCACUAUGACCCUGACAGCGACACCUACGAUCCUUGCACAGCUCCAAUCCUACCACCUCCUGCAGAUGCAAACAAGCCGCUUCGGAGACAGGUCGCAGCCCUACGUAGUCGAAUCAACAAGGGAGGCAACGAGAACGUGCUUGCGCACUACAGGAAGGUCGUUCAGGACCUGGAAAUGUCAAUGUCCACCAAGAAGGAGUUCUGCCACAAGAGAACUACCUCCGCAGCCUCCACCGCCGUGCCGGAAGGGCCCGAGGUGGAAGACUUGGAGGAGUUUCUGGAGAUUCCGCUCGAGGCCUCAGUGGAGAAGACCGGCGAAGUCUUUUUGUCGAAGAAGUCAAUGCCAGGUACGCCAUUGCUCUUUCCCAGGACGGUGCGUCCUGAGCCACCGAGCUUUGCAGGGUCCGGAAGGAUCUGCCACGUUAAAGCUCCGCGACCUUCCCUCAGUCCUCUGGACUCCAUGGUCAUGGCUCCAACCUUGACGUUGUGGCCCCUGUGAGCCGGGUGAAGUGGCCCGGGAAGGGCUGGAAGGCCCGGUGACGUGGCGGAGAGUGGUUUCAGC